AUGGCUGCCAUCCACCGGCCCGCACAUCUCACACACCAUGCCGCCAAAGUGGCCUCGGCAGCAUGUAUUGAGAAGUCGAAAGCCAUCAGCGUCCCUAUGAACAUUGCAAUUGUCGACGCCUCCCUCUACUUGCUGCAUUUCGAACGCAUGCCCGGUGCGAAACUCACCUCCAUUGACAUCUCGAUGAACAAAGCCUUCACCGCCGCGGGCCACCGCGCGCCAACAUCGGUCUACAAGGAGAAUGUUUGGCCUGGUGGAGCUGCGUUCGGUCUGAGUAACAGCAAUAAUGGCAGGUUCAUGUACGUGGCUGGUGGGAUCCCGAUUGUCGUCGAUGGUGAAUGCGUGGGAGCGAUUGGCUGCAGCACGGGCACGCCGGCGCAAGAUACAGAAGUCGCGCAGGCGGGCAUUGACGCGGUGAUGGAAUACGUGAGGAAGAGGAAGCAGGGACAGCCGAAGUUAUAG